AAAACGUUUACUUACCAGUUUCUCACACUCUUAACGCACGCGGUUAGCUAUGAUAGCUACCAACCCAUCCAAUCUCUCCCUCCACAUUUUAUUUCUUCAUAAUCCCAUUUUCUCAAUUUGAUCUGGGCAUAUUCUUUUUUCUUCAAUCUUGCAAGCUUUACUGUUGUUUCUCUUGUUGACUUUGAAUCAAUAAAAGUAAGCUGAUGAUAUAAAAUGGCUCAAGAAAAAGUUGUAAAUUCAAGCGAAGAGGUUCUUCUUGGGGAAGAAAUAGGUCAUGUGAGGUUGAUCACAUUGAACCAGCCUCGUCAAUUGAAUGUCAUCUCAACAAAAGUGGUUUCUCUACUAGCAGAAAACUUGGAAAAGUGGGAGAAAGAUGAUAAUGCAGAGCUUGUUAUAAUCAAGGGAGCAGGUCGAGCAUUUUCAGCUGGUGGAGAUUUGAAAAUGUUCUACAAUGGCAGGAAAACAAAGGAUUCCUGUCUUGAGGUGGUCUAUAGAAUGUACUGGCUUUGCCAUCACAUUCAUACCUACAAGAAAACCCAGGUUGCUCUUGUAAAUGGUAUAUCAAUGGGUGGAGGUGCAUCAUUAAUGGUUCCAAUGAAGUUCUCAGUUGUCACAGAAAAAACUGUCUUUGCCACACCAGAAGCUAGUGUCGGGUUUCAUACUGAUUGUGGUUUCUCAUACAUGCAUUCUAAUCUACCUGGGCAUCUGGGUGAGUUCUUGGCCUUAACUGGAGCAAGGUUAAAUGGUAAGGAAUUAGUUGCAGCUGGACUGGCAACCCAUUUUGUCCCAUCUGAGAAAUUGCCCGAGCUAGAGAAGCGUUUGAUAAGUUUAAACUCAGGCAAUGAGAAAGCUGUUAGAUCUGCAAUUGAACAGUACUCUGUGGAAGUGCAGCUUGAUGAAGACAGUGUCUUAAAAAAGCAGUCAAUAAUUGAUGAGUGCUUUUCCAAGGAUACCGUGGUUGAUAUUAUAAAAUCAUUUGAAGUGGAGGCAAGCAAAGAAGGAAAUGGAUGGAUUGGUGCAGUACUGAAAGGGCUAAAGAGAUCAUCUCCCACAGGAUUACAAAUAACACUAAGAUCGAUUUGUGAAGGCAGGAAGCAAUCACUGGCUGAAUGUCUGAAGAAGGAAUUCAGGUUAACAAUAAACAUAUUACGUUCCACAAUUUCUGGAGAUGUCUACGAGGGUAUUAGAGCUCUCACCAUUGACAAGGAUAAUGCACCUAAGUGGGAUCCACCAUCUCUAGACAAAGUGGAUGACAAAUUGAUAGACCAAGUAUUUCAGCCCUUCCAGACAGAUUUGGAGCUCCAGAUUCCAGAAAAUGAAGAAUCCAGGUGGGAUGGUAAAUAUGAGAGUUCAGCCUAUGCAACUCUGAAGGUGGACUAAGCAGAAUUUCUUUGUAAGCGGCAUCAUCAUCAUGAAUGCUUGUUCAUCAGGAAAGUUAGUACCUUCAUAUGCUUUUUUCAGGGCUUCGUUUUUAGUUUGGCGCGGAUGUAGCUGAUUUGUAGCUUCUCCAGUAAAAUAAAUUUCAUUGUUAAGGGAGUCUUCGUAUCUGCUGCUUCUUUGUUAAAAAAAUGAAUGUAAAGUCUGUGCAUUACAAAUAGAGCUGACAAAACUCGGUGGUGCUGGAAAUAAAUUAUGUGCUUUUCAUAAACCAUAUAAUAGAGAAUAAAUAAAUAUAUAAAUGUCUAACAGAUGCGUUGUUCA